AUGGAAGUUAAAGCAAGUAGUAUUCCUGCCCCAACCACUGUCCAGUCGAUCAAGGCGGACGACAAUGAUGCAGGAGGCGGGGACGACAUCCUGCCAGAGCGAGCCGAGAACAAAGCCACAUUCGGGCCUGAUAAAGUUGAAGAUGACAAGGAAAUAGAUCAGGGAGAAGAAAGACCUGGUAUACCAUUGUCCAAAAUCAGAUCGGUUGCCUUAGUGGCUAUUGUGGCGGGCGCUGCCUUUCUUAAUUCCUUCGGCGUUCAGUCAAUCGUAAUUGCGCUUCCCACCGUGGGUACCGACCUGGGCAUCCCGACGAGUAGACAGCAAUGGAUCGUUUCCGCAUACUCCCUCACCUUCGGCUGCUUCCUUCUUCUCUGGGGCCGCUUAGCGGACGUUUACGGGAAAAAGCUCGUCUUCGCCUUAGGGUCGACUUGGUUCUGUAUAAUAUCCCUAACCAUACCAUUCGCCCCGCAAGAAAUACCUUUAGACCUGCUGCGAGGUUUUCAGGGACUGGGAGCAGCAGCCACGGUGCCAACUGCAAUUGGAAUCCUCGGGACCACAUUCACAAAACCGGGAAAGACUAGGAACUACGCUUUCUCCUGCUUCGGGGCUGGAGCGCCGUUAGGGUCUGUGUUCGGUAAUAUACUGGGCGGGUUCAUUGCUGAGUAUCUGACCUGGAAAUGGAUUUUCUGGAUCCAUUCUAUCAUCGCUGCGAUCAUUACUGGCUCAGCUAUUUUCGUAAUACCACGAUCGCCCCUAAUAGAAGCAACGGGUAUCAAAGGCGCUGUGGACUGGAUAGGCGGCACACUCAUCACCUGUGGCUUACUCGCACUACUCUUUGCGUUGGCCGAGGGCAAUGUCGUAGGCUGGACUACGCCCUGGAUUCCCGUCCUUAUAACAGUAUUAAUCCUUCUCGUAGCCCUCUUCACGCUUUGGCAGUGGUAUCUCGAGAGCAGAUGUCGUCGACCGCUCAUGAAGAUUUCCAUCUUCAAGAACACGAGAUUCUCGGCCGCCAUGAUAAUCAUGACGCUCUUGCAAGCAUCGUUCAACAACUUCCUGGUCUUCUCAACUUACCUAUACCAAGACUACCUCGGCCUCAGCACCAUCCAAACAACCCUCCGCUUCAUUCCCACGGGCGUCGUAGGAAUCAUCACGGCCCUCGCCACAGGCUUCCUCCUCAGCGUAAUCCGCGGCUCCCAUCUCCUGGCCUUCAGCUGCCUCUGCAUCUCGACCUCGGCCCUCCUCUUCGCCUUGCCCAUCUCCCCCCACAUCACCUACUUCGCCUACGGCUUCCCCGCUAUGUGCCUCGCCGUCCUCGGCAUUGAUAUCCUUUACGUGAGCCUCACACUCUUCACAGCGCAAUCGCUACCGCAAGAGGACCAAGCGCUCGGUGGGGCGCUAAUCAAUGCGGUGGCGCAGGUUGGGAGGGCAUUGGGAUUGGCAUUGGGCACGGCGGUGCAGACGGCGGUGGAGGCGAGAAGGAAGGGGGUGAGUGUGCAGAAGGUAGGGAUGGAAGAGGUAGGAGUAGGGGAUGAGGCGUUGCUGGCGGGGCUGAGGGCGGCGGAGUGGUUGGAUUUGGGGAUGGGGGUUGCGGCCUUGGUGGUUGUGUUGAUUGCGUUUCGAGGGGCGGGGAAAGUAGGACAGUAACGAUGGACGGAUGAGGUUGCCUUUCAAGAACAAAUGCGUUGAGAAACCGCUCGACGUGGAGCAUUGGCUAAGCUGAAAAGAGAUAUGAGAUGCGAUAGCGUGGGCUCGCUCUGUGGAACAUGAAGUGGUGGUCCAACACUAUUUAAAGUAGCCUAGAGAGCUAUUCUAUGAGGCUUGGCAGAGCUACGGCUUAAUAAAAUUUAGUGAGAGC